GCGCCCAAAAGUCCAGUCCGCCUUCUUGGACUGACGCGGGUGGAGUCAGGUUGUCGCCGACUUUUCCUUGAACCACAUCCCUGCGCUUGCUUGUAUGCUGAGAGCGAGCCUCGUGACAGCAUUACAAUCCCCGCCUGUCACCACGCAGUCGCUGCUCGCAAUCUUGAGGAAUCUUGGUCUUCAUUCCGCAGCAUCAGCCUCCCCUCUUCACCCGCGCCCAUUCAGCAGCAUGCCCGACCUCUCAGGCGCACCUCCCACCCUUGGCUCUUCCAAAGGAGGGGGCAACUUCCAAUCUCAGCGAGGAGGACGAGGACGAUUUGAUCCUACUGGCAGAGGAGGGCGAGGCGGUGGUGACGGUGGUGGUGGCGGACGAGGCAGGGGAGGCGGUGGCGGUAGAGGCGGUGGCUAUCGACCUCAACGAGGAGGACGCGGAGGCGGCGGCGGCAGUGGUGGUGGCAGGGAUGCCGGCCCCUCGUCAGCAUCAGAGAAAAAUGUGCAGCAUCCAGGUCAUAUCCCCGGAUCGAUCGCAUCACGUCCCUUGAACGGCGUCUUCGCCAUUGACAAGCCUAGUGGACCGCCUUGCAUGGACCUCCUCGAGGUCCUCAAAGACCUCUUCGCACACUCUCCGCUCUUUCGCAACCCGAACGGCUCCAUUCCGGAGGGGCAUGGCGGCAAAGCUUGGCGACCGCAAGACAAGCGUUGGCGCAAUAAAGCUGCACCUCCCAAAGUGGGUCAGGGAGGUACCCUCGACCCCUUGGCUAGCGGUGUGCUGGUCAUCGGUGUGGGUACGGGAACAAAGGCGCUACAGGGCUUCUUGGAUUGCGCAAAGACGUACGAAACGGUUGGCCUUCUUGGCGCGAGCACCACCUCGUACGACUCACAGGACCCAAUCAUGCUGCGCAAGCCCCACUCUCACGUUACCUCGGACAUGAUCACCUCGUUCCUCCCCUACUUCACCGGUCCGCUCCUCCAAUACCCGCCCCUCUUCUCCGCAGUAAAGAUGGACGGAAAACGCCUCAUGGACUAUGCGAGGCAGAACCUCCCCUUGCCCCGACCUAUCGAUCCCAGGGAGAUUGAAGUGGUCAGGCUGGAGUUGCAGAAUUGGCACGAUGCAGGGCAGCAUUCGUGGAAGUGGCCCGAGAAGGAGAUCCCCGAAGAGGACAAGAAGUUGAUUGGCAGGGUCAAGGAGUUGGCGGGCCAGAAGGAGGGAGAGACAGAGACUGUGUACAACAAGGGCGAAGAGGCGGAGAAGGCGACAAAGGAGGCCGAAGCCGCUGCCCACGCCACAGAGGGCCAGAGUGAGGUCGCUGCGGACCCUGCUGUCUCCGAGGACCAGGCCGCUGCUGCGACCACGGCAGCGGAGGAUGCAGCCGCCUCCAAGUCAGUGGAUCCUGCCGCCUUCAGGCUUCGCAUGACAGUCUCCUCUGGCACGUACGUGCGGUCCAUUGUGCAUGACGUUGGGCUUGCUUGCUCGAGUGCGGCGCAUGUCGUGGAGCUCAGGCGCACGAGGCAAGGAGAGUGGGUGACGACGGAUGACAAGAAUGAUGACGAGUCGGCUGCGGCACCGAUCGAGGGCGACCAGACCAUGGAGGGAGGAGCAGCGGUUGAGGCUGGUCAGGGAGACGCUUCAACAUCAGAGGCGAAGACGCAGGGCGAAGCAUCAGCUGAAGCGCCAGCAGCGACUGGCGGGCUCGACCUCGAGCUCCGCGACGACUUCCUCAUGGGCGCAGAGGAGCCCACCACAACCGCAGCCCCGGAGGCGGCCGCCGCCAGUACAUCAAACAGUGCACCUGUCGCAGCUUCAGAAGAGACACCUCGUGAAGGAACGGCUCUCUGCCUCCCCUGGUCCCUCUUCGCCGACGCUCAUGCUGAGCAGCAGCGCGUUUUGGCAGAUGUCAAGGACGUGAAUAGCGUCAAGCUCAGAGGGGAGGAUGGGACUGAGUUGAAGGUGUGGGAGAAGGAGUUGCUGAGGGUGCUCAGGCCGGUAUGAUUCGAUGAGGGGAAGUGGAUGGGUGAUAGAAGCGCUUUU